UUCCAAAACAACGGUUUUCAGUGCAGUGCAGGUGCAUUCAGGUCUGGCGCCCUGUGCCGUACACGAGUGUUUGGUUUGAUAGUGUUUUGUCUUGUUUUUUUUUGUGGUGCGUGUAAAUGUGUUUUUUUUUAAAUAAAGCAAAUAAAGCGAAAAGUAAAGCUGUUGAACUAAACAGCCGCAUGAUGGUGGAAAGUGUUUAACCGUGAUAACAAAUAAAUUAAAAUGAUUACAAAGUGCACUUGAAAACAGCUCACGAAAGCAUUAUUGCUGUAAAGGGGGGAACGCAAAAAAAUAAAAUAAUUGUACCUUUUAAUCUCAUUUCAACCGCCACCACCUGUCAAGUGCAUCGCGUAUUGACGUGAACGUCUAUCACCGUUGAUAACGUUUGUGAAUUAAGUAUAGUAAAUGUGUGUUUUUUUUUGUUGAGCUAGAACCCGACCUCCUCGAUGGAGAUGAUUACUGGAAUUGAGAAUUAAACAAAAAUAAAAAAAAAUAGUAAAAAAACCCCAAUUACGACACAACAACCCCGCAAAAAAGGGUCAGAACGACAUGCAGUAAUGGAUCACGAAAUGCAUCCCGAGUGUACGAUCGCGUAAAGAAGGCUUCCGAGCCUUCCGGAAGUGAAUCUCCAAGGGUGGUGAGAUUGCAAGUGAUCCAACAAGAAAAGAAAAAUCCCAUCUGAUACGAGCGAAGUGAUAGAAUAAAAUUACAACAGCAAAGUGAAGUUUUUUGUUUUUUGAAAUUUAGUGUGCAUUUUGUGUGCGUCUGAGUGUGCUUGUGUGCGCGCGUACGAGUGAAAGAAAUUUGUGUGUCAUUUUGCUACACCCACCCACCCCAGUGAAUGUGUGUGUGUGUGCGCGUGCAUUUCCGACCCUUCCAUCUUUCCAUUACGCCAUUUACGCUGCACCCAUCGUUAAACGCAAUAAUAAUUUCGAGCAAACAUGGGAAGCCGUAACAUCGAGUGUCGUAAAUUUUCACCGAACAUCUUCAACAAGAGCAAAUGCACGCACUGUUUCCGCCAGCGGGAGGAGCAUAGUGCGGCCGCACUGGAAUGCAAUCGGGCAACGCGAAAGGUGUCAAAACGUGGAUAUUUAUUCGUCGCCCCCUGGGACUGGGACUUUAGCAAUCCGGUGUACAGAACAAAGCGAUGGCAGCGAAGGUGGUUCGUGCUGUACGACGACGGGGAGCUCACUUAUUCGGUGGAUGAACAUCCCGAAACGAUUCCACAAGCCAUAAUCGACAUGACGAAGGUCCUGGAGGUGACCACCGCCGACAACAUCACCAGCCACCCGCACUCGAUCGCCAUCACCGCACCGGAUCGUGUAACCUUCGUGAAGGGUACCUGCCCGGAGGAGUCGAAAUGGUGGUUUAACGUGCUGGUAGCCUUUCCCAAAUCCAAGGGUCGUCACAAGCGCAAUGCAACGUUCCCCGGCGGACAGGCGACCACGAUUCUGCAAGCUCAAUUGUACAGCGAGGCACAGUCGGCUAUUGCGGCCAAAAGCAACACACCCGCUGCACGAGACAAGCUGACACUGCAGCUCGAUAGCGGUAAAGGCCAGACGCGACUCCGGACCCGCCAUCGCUCAUCGGUUGACGUCAGUGAUUCAGCAUCCAAAUGUUUACUACUGGACGGUGGUGGUGGUAUCAGUGGUGCGGAUAUACGCUCGAGGGACGAACUAAAGCUGAAGGAUAUCGCCAACACGAUCACGAACGUGAACCGCUGGAGUAGCCCCUGCAUCACGGACAGCCUGUCACUCACGGCGGACCACCACGAGAAGCCGACGAGCCCGCGGGACGAAAACACGAUCCCACCACAAUACAUCAAUGGCGGUAGUGGAGGCGGUGGUGGUACCGGUGGUGGAGGUGGUACAGGAGGGACCAGUGUCGGUGGAACGCCGUUACAGAUGCGACCCCACUCACUCACCAUACCGUCCAGUGCGCCCGCGAUCGUGUCGGCCAUCGUGAAGAAAAUUCCAACCUCGAUCGGCAAGGGUGGUGGCGGACAGGUGCCACCGCUUGCAUCGCUGCAAUUGUCGCCCGCCACUAACUCUAGUCCGAAGCUGAAGCCUAGUCAAACGCACGAACGGGGUGAUCCGGACGGUGACUGCGGUAUGGACGAUGCGCCGGCAAACUAUCACGGCAAAAACUCGGAACAUCGCGGCCCAGACGCGGAUCUGCUGCAGGCGAAGAAGGGCUGGUUGCUGAAGCAGGACGGACGGGUCGGUGAAUGGAGUAAACAUUGGUUUACGCUGCGAGGGGCCGCACUGUUCUACUACCGUGAUCCGGUCGCUGAAGAGAAGGGUGUACUGGACGGUGUGCUGGACGUGAAUAGCAUCACCAGCAUUGCCGAGGUACCUGUCAACAAGGGAUACGGUUUUCAGCUCACGACCUGGGACAACCAUCGUAUCGUUCUGUCCGCGGUAACGAUUAACGUGCGCAACAAUUGGAUCAACGUGCUGAAGAACGCUGCCGGACUGCCACCGACGAAGGCCAGCCUCGAGCUAAGCAAUCAGAACGAUGACAACUUCAAAACGUUACCGGACAAAUCGCCACCAACACCGGCCACACCCAGCGCGCUGGAGAUCGAGCUGAUCAGCGAUACGAUCGAGCAUAAGCCGAAACUGAAGCGAAGCAAACUGCUCGAAAAGAACAACAACAGCACGAACGGUCACCUGUUAAUUGAGGGUGUUGUACCGCUGGCGGCAAGCCCGGGCUCGGGAGAGGACGUCGUGGAUAAGGUACCGAAAGACGUUAUCGUACAUCUGACGUCUGCCCGAGCCAUUGCCGAAUCGAACGGCGUCAGCACCGGGGACAGUAACACGACCACCAAUAGCAGUAGCAAUAGCAGUAGUACUAACAGUAGUAGUAGUAGCAGUAGUUGUAGUCAGCCUCAACCAAAGCAACCGGUGGUGCAGUCGCCCGUCACACCGCUAACACCCAAAUCGUUGCUGUUCUCGUCGGACGAGGAGUAUCGGACGGCGUCCGAAGGUGGCCGGCGGGAUAGUGUCGGUGACUGGGGCUCGCCGGUGUCGCCUUCGCCUCCGUCGGUGCCACUGACCAGUGCGGUAAUGCGUACCAAAGAUAGGUUAAGAAUGACCCCGCCGGUAUCGGCCCAAAGUCAGCAACGAUUGCACAAGCGUAGUCGGUCGUCGCCUCCAAGCUCAAGGCGCAGCACCAUCGAGAGCGUUCCGUCGGAGAUCCUGACCCUGCAGCCGGUUCCGGCCCAAAAACCGAUCAACACCGUACAGGAGGAGGAAGGUAGUGGAUUGGAGAAAGAGCUGCAGCUACGAUUGCAAGCAGCGGAGAAGGAACUGGCAAUGUUGCGCGAAGAAACACACGAGCGGGAAGCUCGCAUGUCCGAACUGCUCACGACGCUCGAGCGCACUGAGCAGGAACUGACCCGGAAGCGCGAACUGGAGGAAAACCGUGAAAAGUUGAUGGUGCAGCUACAGGACAGUCGAGCCGCUGGGCAGGAAAUCAUUGAUCGGAUCACACACGAACUGUCGAAGAGUCGUGAUACAACCAAGGAGCUGGAGGAACGGUUGGCCCGUGGAAUCGAAGAGAACGAAUCACUCUACCGACGGCUACAGGAGAGUGGUAUCGCCGCACCCGCCAGUCCAGCUUCAAGUCUUUGCAGCUUGGCGGUGACGCGCAGUGGCCGCAUCAAGCGUAUGGAUUCAUUCAGCGAUCUUACCUGCCUUAACGCGAUCGAUCCUACCCAGCUCGAUCGGGAGAUGCUGGCGGACGAGUACCGAGAGCUAAGGGCACGCUUUGAACGAGCCGUUAGUGAGCUGAAAGCGAUGAAACGUGAACUGAAAGAUGCGCACGGACUGUACGACGAGCUGGAAAUUGGUUAUGCUACACUGCGCAAAGAACUCGACCGACAAGCGACCGAACAUGACGCUCAGUCGCGCAUGAUGGCCGAUCGCAUACAGGACAUGACGAACAAAUAUACGGCGGCCGAGAAACAGGUACGACUCUUGAAACAGAAAGCAAUCCGGUCCGAAAAGCGACGUUCGCUGUCUCUGAAGGGCAAGGAGUCACUCUCGAUCCAGAAGGAGUUGGAAGAGAAGGUGUCCGAGUUGGAAAGUAAAAUAGAUGCGCUCGAAAGUGGCAACGUGAUGCCGGUAGCAAAAGCGACCGUAGAAUUGACAACGCCCGAAGUCGCGCAACCCACACGACGCUCCUCCUCCACAAGACUACGUCGCAAAAGUCUAGACAGUGCGUCGCUUUCGGCCCAACCGAUGCAAGUUCUGCUGCGACUAAACAAUCUCGAAAAGCGUGUCGAAAACGUGCAGCCAGUGGUGCCAGUAAAACCAGACGUCAGUGAGUGUGAAACGGCCAGUACAUCCAGCUCGGGCAACUCGAAACCGGUGCCGGAACAUCUGCUCGACCGGCUCAAGAGUCUCGAGGGUGUUGUGGUAUCGGUGCGUGAGCUGAUCGAUCAGAGUGCGCAACAGUUCCAGAGUUUGCGAUCAUCCCGCUCUCGACGAUCCGUAUCACCUGCUGCCGAUCGGAAGGAUUCGUACAAAUUUAUCGAACGUUGUCUGACGGAGGUGUCGAAGUUGUUGCGCGAAAGCUGCGAUAACUGUGUCGUUCCAGUGGAUGGUGCCGGGUACGGUAGUGUCAUUGUACUGCCGGAAUCGAACCCGAUCAAGCUGGCACUGAAUCAACUCGAAGCACAGCUUAAGAGUAAGCUGGCAGAUCUCCUAAAGCAAAGACGAAUGUUACGCGAAACGAACGGGCUUUCCCAGCGCAAAGACAUGGAGCUGCUUGCCGAGAGGAUCGCUUUCGAGAGCGUUUGUUUUGGUCGGUUGCGUCACGCGUUGGAACGUGCAGAGAACCUGCAAGAGUUCGAAGAGCGUCAAACCAAGGUUGAGGUGUGUGAAACCAUCCAGCUAAUGUCGAUGUUGAAGGCGAAACUUUCGGGCAAAUGUGUCGUCCGGCCGAGCAGUAGUGCUGACGUGCUGGCGAGUGUUUUAGCUCGCAAACUCAUGCUGUCCGCCGGUCGAACAAGCACGAUUCGAUCACUUUCCUUCCCACCCAUCGGGACCGCUUUGCUCGAUGAUCUGUUGCGACAGCAGAACGAGGUGCACCUGAUUGCCAAGCGCUACAAAACGACCAUUAUGGAGAACCUCGCGUACGGGCUUGCUGCGGAAACGCUCAGCUAUAUUGCGUCCUCGCACGAAACGGUACAAGGUGCGGUACAGGAAGCGUGGCGUCAGGCACAGGAAGCGGUCAAUGCCGAGCUGGUACAGUCCGAGAUCGCACACAUCAUGAUGCGAAAUGCUCAGCGCUACGAAAGCUCUCUAGCGCCCGCCUUCGGGUACGCACUGUCCACCCAGGAACGCAUUACGUUCGAAACAUUCGCGGACGCUGUGCAUGAGGCACUUCGACGCGAAAUGGAUGCAGCCGUACGGCAACUAACGGAAUGUUACGAAGAAACACUGGAGAAGAUGAAACGUGGCCAGUGGCGACUGCAUCUGGAGCAGGAGCGAAAACCCAGCGAAGGGCGACAGCUGUUGGCAGAGUUUGCGGACAUUAUCGCUCACAAAGCGCUAAUCGAUGCACGCGUACAGGUACUGAAAGGUGACUAUGUUCCGUCUCGACAAAAGCUGCAGGAAUCUACCGAGUCGUCGGAGCGUGUGUUCAGUGUGGCUGCCCUGAAGCAGUACGAGAAUCUGUACACGGAUCUCACAGCUGACUUGGAGGUGGCGAAUGCUGACGACAUCCUGGCCGAAGCGGACUUUAACUUCAUGUACAAGUACUUUGCCAGCGAACACUCUUUGAACAAGGCCGAGGUGAAGGAAGUGUCUGCGAUACUGAACGAGCUGGAGAAGUCAGUGGUAGCUUUGCAAGCUUCUUUACACCCAGACCAUGGUAACGUCAGUGCCGCUAGUGCGAUCGACGUGGACAGCUUGCGAAGUAUUCACACACGGUGCGUUGAGAUACAGCAGCGCAUUGAUUCGUUGAUUAGUGCCGCCAAACAGUUGCAGUCACGCAGUGAACAGUGUGGCCGGCUACAGGAUCGUCUUAAGCAACUUACCGAAGAGCACGAACGGGAACUCGGUACGAUCAGGCAGCAGCACGAGCAAAAGCUUGCCACUCUACAGCGUCGAAUUGACGAACAGCACCAGCGCAUUCAAGCGAUCGAUGGUGAACGAGCCGAACUGCUCGAACGGCUGGAAAACGAGCGUAAUCUGUUGAAACAGAAGGAGAAGGAGCUGCACGAACUGUCCGUCCGCUUAACCCGCAUCGAUGCGGCUAGCAACGAGAAGGACAAGGAGAUUGAAGAUCUACUCGACAGCUACGAUCAAGAGUGUAAGAAAGCACGCUCGCUAAAGGAUCGUUGUGAGGAGCUAGCGGACAGUUGCCGGAAAACGGCCGCCGAGUAUGCCGAGCUGGAGAAGGAGCGGGACUAUCUGUACGAGCAGAUGCGCAAAGAGCAGGACCAUGUGAAGAAGUUGGAGAAACAUCUGGAACUGCUGGAAGCGGAACAUGCGCAACAGGUGGACAAUCUGCACGCCGCCUACCGGGAGCAACAGAUGGCAAACGAGCUGGACUCGCAGAAGGAUAAAGACGAUGAGGACAGUUUGCGAUCGCGCUACCAGGCAGAAAUCGAGCAGUUAAGGGCACUCUGUGAGAAGGGACUGGCCGCGAUGGAAGCGUCGCACAAGCGCAUCAUCCACGAUCUGGAGGAAAAGCACCAGCAGGAGAUCGCGAAACUCAUUCUGGAGAAGGAACAAGCGCUGGCCGAAGAAACACAGGCAACACUGGCAGCACUUGACGCCAUGAAGAAAGCACACCAGAAUGAGGUACAGCGUGAGGUGACGCGCUUCAAACAGGAGUUCCUCAAACAGUUCCAGAAGGGUGGCCAACCGCCCCAAACGUACCGCGAGAAGGAACAAGAACUGGAAGACGUACGGCAGGAGAUACUGUCCCUCUCGGAGAAGUACUCGAUGAAGUGCGUGGAAACGGCGGCGCUCGAGGAAAAGCUUCGUAAUGCGACGCAACAGUUGAAAUGUUCUCAGCAGCACAUUCAGCAGCUUGAUGUUAGAAACAAGCAACUGCGGGCACACUUUGUCUCAAACCAGCCGGAAGAAACGGCUUCCGCACCACCGACCAGCAGUGUCGUAACGCCAAAGGAUACCAACCUGUUCACCAGCAGCACGCAGCAGCCAGAAAGUUCACCAAUGGCCACCACGGCUAAAAGGACACCAGCGCUAGGCAACGGUAAUGGAACGCCUAGCACAACGGCGACGACACCAUCGACGAUCGCACCACUUUCCCCGUCGAUCGAGUCCAAUAGUCCGCUCGAAUUGCUCGAUCUUCGCGAGUGCCAGCACCUACUGAAUAAUAAGAAAGAAUCACAUCCACGGUUGAAGUUCACCGAAGGAGCCAAACUAGGUGUAGCACCGAUCUUCUCUACCUCCAGCUCGCCCGGCACCACCCCAACCGGUACGGCGAUCAAUGAUUCCGUCAAUCUGGCGAGCAGCACCAACAACAAUCGCGCCAAAGUUCUCAGCUCGAAGCAGCUCAACAUGAACCUGAUCAGCGGAGGUUCCGGUCCACUGUCUACCGGUGCGUCCGGACCACCGACACCCCACCCAGUGUCGCUCACACUACCACUGAUCGCAAGUGCCACGUUCAAGAACAGCAAUCUGCACCGUAACCAUGUGCCCGUUGGCAGCAACAAUGGCAGUAACGGCACCAAUACGAAUCAUCUCAACCACCUUCACAGCAACAACAACAACAACAAUCACUUACACAACAACAACAAUGUUAGUAGUUUAAAUAAUAAUAAUAAUAAUGAUAACGAUAACAUGCACGAGCUUAAGCCAUCGACCAAACUUUGUUCGCCCCCUCCCUUAGAUGAGAGGGACGUUGAACAGCAAAUUCAUCGAUUCGAGUUGGAAAUCUAAACAAAACAAUAGAACCCAUUAUCAUCACGCAUCACGCAGAUUAACACCUUAGAUUAACAAAAUGGUACACAUACGCUCACAGAGAAGAAUGUACUGUCACGCUUUAUAAAACAAAAAUUGAUAUGUUUGGUUUGGCUUAAAACAGAAAACAAAAUUACUAAAAGAACUAUCCACUUACAACUAUGCUACGCUUCAGCAAAUGCAAACUACACCACGAGCCAUUUUUUUAGACGAACAACGCGAAACGCAUACACAAUCAUUAUUAUUAUUAGUGCACGAGUGCAAGAAGAUAGUUAUAUGUAUGGACCGGGUGUACUAAUGUACUAGCAAAAAAAGAAAAAGAAAAGAAAACACAAAACCCGUCCGAUUGCGAAACAUCCUUAAGCAGCGCUUAGCGAUCGAGUAAGAAUGAACAUUACAUGAAAAAGUUUCAAUUAGUGGUCAUUUUCAACUCUACAAAAUGCUUUGGCCAGACACUUAACAUUUUGUUAAAAAAAACACAAUACGAUUUGCGCCAUCACGACACGCUUAGCUAUUUGGAUUGCUGAUAGAGGAUACGUUUAGACAACUGUUGUUGCACCGUGUUCAUGUUAUUGUUGUUGUUGUUGUUGUUGUUAUUGUACUUGUUGUUGAUGAUGAUUUACUAGCCUUACUAGUUAUAGUCUACUGUCGAAAAAAAAACACAUAAGCCUAACCCUUGAAAAGAAACUCCCGUACGGGAAUCUGGCGUUCCCGUAAGUUUUUGCAACAGAAUCACCUUUCGCCCACUUCAACGUUCAUUCAUUUUAUUUAUUCUAUAACCGUAAUGUUGUACCAUUAUAAUGUAGUGUUCACCAAAAUGCCCUUCCCCGUUUGUAUUUUAAUUCUUUGCCAUUUGUGUCUUCCUGGUUGAGUGUAAUCUUGUUUUAAUUACUUCAUCAAACGCGGGCAUCUUACACAAGCCGUAAGCUCACCGGUUAAUUUUGCACUUGAAGCGGAAAAUGUUUUGUUUUGUACUAUAUUCGUGUUUUUUUUUCUCUUUAUUGUGUGUGUGUUUUAUGUACAUUAUGUUGCUUCUUUUACACCGAAAAGAGAAAUAAGUAGAAAUCGAAAUUUUAUAUGACAAAAGGUUGGACAAUUAAAGAGAAACUUCUUUCUUUUUAAGAUUUUAGUCACCCACUGUACUAAACUGUACUAAAUUUUAAUUUGAAACUGUUAAUUUACACGUAAUGCAAACACACAACAAUCAAAAGUGACUUAUUCGUUUAGAAUUUUCGUUUGCAGCAUUGCUUCCUUACAUGAAAAAAAAAACAGAAAAAACGAAUUAAAACGAAAAUAAGUAUAAUAACAGUAUGUAAGAAAGAUGAUAAAGGAACAAACAUGGAAAAUAUAGAACAUAUAGGUAAAGAAGCAACAAUAAUACAGUUUGCUAGAAUAACAAGACUCACCAAAAAAAAAAGAAGAUAAAUGCAAGGAGAAGUUGGACGUCCCUUUCCGGAGUUUAAGCAUACGUUUUAGAUUUAUGAUUUGUACGUUGGAAAGUGUCCCUUGUUUAAUGCGUUAAUUGGACGAUUUUUCCCUUUUAUUUUCAUGCGUGCGUGUGUGUGUGUGUGAACCUCCGUCAACGAUGUGUUCGAAAGCCUUAGUUUCCUUUUUAUUUCGUUGUUAAGUUUGUUAAGCUGAACAAAACAUGCAAAAAAAGGCACAGUAGGUGUAGUUAGUAACAUAGAAUCGAUUUAUUGUAUUGUGUUGGAAUGAUUAGGGAUAAAUAAAACACACACACAUACAAUAGGAUGAACUUUUGCACACUUAACCACAUUUCUUCACUCCUGUAAAAGGAUAAAGGAAGAAAAAAAAGAGAGGAAAACACACACACGCGCACACUUUGCAUGAAAUGGUGCCUUUUUUGUUGUUGUGCAUAAAUUAUAACUACACGCCCUACUUUAGGAUUAUUGAUUUCGAGGAAGUUUCUUAAUAGAUUUGUAAUAUGUGACUAUUUGUAAACCUUUGUAAAAACGCAUACAUACACGGAAGCGAUAAAUUUAGUUGCUUAGAGGAAACAAUACAACUCUCUGCAUAUACAAUAAAAUAUAACAAUAACACAGGCAGGAUACGCAACAUGAUAAGGGAGUGUUAUAGCACGCUCUUUCAUUUUGUGCAAAUGUUAUUUUUUUUUGUGUAUGUCCCUCUUCCCAUUAAAUAAUGCUCUUCCAAUUUCUUUAUGUAACUGUCGCUCAUCGUACACCCGAUGUAACCUCACCGAAACAAGUUAGAGAAAAAUAAAUAUAUAUAUUGAACAUGAA